CAGCUCCUUACUGGGAUAGGGUUUCACUCCCUCUUGGGUGUAGAGGAGGGCAGGCACUUGGACACUCUCUUGAAUACUUUCAACUCUUCUCCUUCUUUUCUUCUUCUCUAAUUCCUGAGGAUUCUACUGAGGCUCUAGGUAUGCCUCUCUCAACUCCCGCCCCGCCUAACAAGAUGAAGAAGGCCAACAAGAUCAUUACUGAUCUGACCAACAUCACCCAGGAUGAUGAAGAGUCGGACCCUGAGGCAUCAGAGUUUGAUCUGGGCACUAAGAUCAAGACUCCUAAAGAUACCAUGCUGGAGGAAUUGUCUCUUAUGACCAACAAGGGAUCCAAGAUGUUCAGGAUGAGACAACAGAGGGUGGAACGCUUCAUCGUCACCAACGAGAAUAUGCAGAAUCUCCAGAACCUGAUUCCGUCCUUGGGGUGUGAAAUGACGGCCCCAGCACCCGAGCCUGAACCUGAGCACAUAGAGGAGGAGGUGUUGGAUAAGGAGGCGGAGAAAGAAAAGAGGAGGCAGCAGUAUGUGCGUACUUAUGUGUCUCCAUGGGAACGGGCCAUGAGGGGAGACGAGUCUCUGACCGCCACCAUGCACCACUGCAUGGCUGGACCACACACUCCCCACGACAUGCCCAAGUUCAAGAGCUUCAACAGGUCGGCCCUGCCCUAUGGCGGCUCUGAGAAGGCGGGAGGCCACAUGACCUUCGAGCCUCCCGAGAUCGUAUUCGCCCCAGUGGAGCCGGAGCCUCUUCCCUCCCUGCAGAUGGACAUUAGGUCCCGCCCCUCGUUCAACCGCACCCCCAUCGGUUGGGUGUGCAACCCGGAGGACAACUCACACAUCCACAUGCAGUUGGACAACAUGCUGCCCUUCGACGGAGAGACGGACGAUCUAUAGACACACACACACACACACUCACACUGAGGUACUGUAGA